GACAUGGCCAGGCAUGUUCCUCUGUAUAGAUCUCUGCUGGAGUUGCUACGUGCCAUUGCUUCAUGCAUAUCCCUUGUGCCUCUUCUUCUGCCUUUGUCUGGUGAUAACAGUGAGGAGGAUGACGAGCAUUCUGAAACACAGACUUCUGUUGGCACUUUACUAGCAAAGAUGAAAACGUGUGUGGAUACUUACACCAACAGAUUAAGAUUACUCUUCACUUCUGACAGAUCUAAGAAAGAUAAAAGCAAAGCAGGGUCCAAGAGUGAUACAGCAGAGGCGGAAUCUGAAGGAUUAACACUGCUUGUACCUGAUAUUCAGCAAACUGCUGAGAUUGUCCAGUUGGCAACCACCAGCCUUCGUCAGGCAGCUCAAGAAAAGAAAAUUGCUGAAUCAACAAAGAAGGCAAUGGCACGACCGAGGCCUUUAGCAGUCACACGUUCUCUGGAGGAAAAGUAUGUCGCUGCAAUGAAAAAGCUGCAAUUCGAUACUGCUGAGAUGGUCACAGAAGAUGAUGAUGGAAAGUUGAUCUUCAAAGUAAAUUACCAUUACAUGUCUCAGGUGAAGAAUGCCAGUGAUGCUAACAGUGCUGCCAGAGCUAGACGCCUUGCACAGGAAGCUGUCACACUCUCAACAUCACUGCCUCUUUCUUCUUCAUCCAGUGUAUUUGUGCGUUGCGAUGAGGAGAGAUUGGAUAUCAUGAAAGUUCUAAUCACAGGACCAUCCGAUACACCUUAUGCAAAUGGCUGUUUUGAAUUUGAUGUAUAUUUUCCUCAAGAUUAUCCAAAUUCUCCUCCACUUGUAAACCUGGAAACCACAGGAGGACACAGCGUACGAUUUAACCCAAACCUUUACAAUGAUGGAAAGGUCUGUUUAAGCAUUCUCAACACCUGGCAUGGAAGACCCGAGGAGAAGUGGAAUCCUCAAACUUCUAGUUUUUUGCAAGUGCUAGUGUCAAUCCAGUCUUUGAUACUGGUAGCAGAGCCUUAUUUUAAUGAACCUGGCUAUGAGAGGUCAAGAGGAACACCCAGUGGCACUCAGAGUUCCAGAGAGUACGAUGGAAAUAUAAGACAAGCAACUGUAAAAUGGGCCAUGCUUGAACAAAUAAGAAAUCCCUCGCCAUGCUUUAAAGAGGUCAUACACAAACAUUUUUACUUGAAGAGAGCAGAGGUUAUGGCCCAGUGCGAAGAGUGGAUUGCAGAUAUUCAGCAGUAUAGCAGUGACAAGAGGGUCGGCAGGACCAUGUCUCAUCACGCAGCUGCUUUGAAGCGCCAUACUGCGCAGCUACGUGAAGAGUUGCUGAAGCUUCCCUGCCCUGAAGGUCUUGAGCCAGAGUGUGACGAGGCAGUGGAAAAAACUGAAGAUGCUGCAACGGGUGAAACAGAACCUGUAUCAGAGGGUGAAGAAAAGCCCAGCAGCAGCAGAGACCCCUCCCCUAAUGAUGUCAAAUUAUGAUCUGCAAUGCGUGGACUUGAAAGACUCGAGGCUUUGGAGCACAAGCCAAACUUUGUCAAUAUUUGUAUGUAAGAAGCUAAUUAUGUAAUAGGUAAUAAAAUUGAACUAUGUUAUGCCCUUCAAAGUAAAACCGUUUAAAUCAAUAUGAUCUUUUAUUUACCUGUAAAAGAGUGUAAACUUUUUUGUGCUUUUAUUUUUCAAUUGUGACACAACCACUACAUGGUAUGUUUGAAACAAAUUGUUCAUGUAUACACUGAUGACAAACGGAUAAAUCACUGAUAUAAGGGAAAUCCAUUAGAAUGUUUACCGAAUGUUAAUUUUUCAGAUUUCUCCAUUAGAGGACAGUUGCAACCAGGAAUAUAUUGUCAUCCUUAUAGGUACUUCGCUUAUUUAAAAAUACAGAUCUUAGGCUGGUAGCCCCUAUCCCCGUUCCCCUUCUUUAUCUCUCCCUCCAAAACAAUGUUUGGCCAUAUUCAUUGCUAAUAAUAAAUUUCUACAAACUCCUGUAACUUCAAUAAAAAGAUGAAUGAACAUUC